AUGGCGGACCCCUCGAGAUCCCCUCCGUCGCAACGGAACAGAGCGCCCCCGCCGUCGUCGAUACCCUUAGACGGCCUCGGUGGCCCGCCUGGCGAAUAUGGGAGAGGCAGGUCCACUUCCGGCGCUGGAGGUGCGCAGACAUAUGGGGCGCAGGCACAGUCACAGACGCAGCCACAACGCUACGAGAGGUUAUCGCCAACCACGGCCCAGAUGGCCGCAACCUUACCCGGCAUAACGACGUACUGGGACAACCCAUACCAGCAGCAACAACAGCAGCAGGGACCACUGCAACAACCACAGCAGCAACAGUCGAGGCAGGCAGGGCUGCAGCUUGGGGCCGAGUCACCUGUGGAUCCUACCGCAUUUCAGUAUGCCCUCCCACCGGACUUCUCUAACGAGCAGCUGUCGCCGCGUCCGCUCUCAGAGAUCGGCUCUACUCCGAACGCGGCCUACGAGGCCCCAUCCUACUUCGAUGACCACAACGCCCAAGAGUCGGACAGGGUACCUCUCACACAGACUGCCCAGCCAAUCGAUGGUCUUAGUGUUGCCGGCGAUGCACAGCCACGGGACAGCUUCCAGACGGUGCGGGAUCUAGAUACUGGCCCGAGCCAGGUGCGCAAUUCGGACAGGCUUGGCUUCGAUCUGGAGUCUGGGAUCGGCUCCCAGAAGCACAAGAGUUUCGGGAAGAACCUGACGCCCGACGCGAACCGACGGUCGCGCUCGCCCUCGACAUCAGGCGCGCUCCUCAAGGCCGGCUCCAUCAUGCGAGCCAUGUCCCAGCGUGUCGUGAACAUCAGUGGUGACGAGGUUCUCGAGAACCAGAAACGCCGUGAUCGAUCCCGUUCGCCAAGUCGAGAUGGUCCGCGCGAGUCUAUGCCCCAGGUGCCUGAGGUCGACACUUCGUAUCACUCGCAGCUCUACCAGAAUCAGAGCCCCAUCGAGAAGAAGGGACAGGCGGAAUACAUAUUUCCCUCGGAUCCUGGCCCUCUAUCCCCGGUGCCCUCGAUACACGGCCGUAUGGCCAACCCUUUGAAAGGAAAGACCUUGGGUAUAUUCUCUCCUGACAACCCAAUACGAACGCGCCUCUGUGACAUUCUGGUGCAGCCGUGGACAGAGCCCCUGCUUCUGAUCUUGAUUGUGCUCCAAAUGAUCCUCCUAUGCGUUGAGGCAGCACCAAAUGUCUUUGAUGACGGCGAGGGCAGGCCAGACAGAUGGGGUAGUACCUCGAUCGACUGGGCCAUAUUCUGCCUGUUUGUUAUUUUCACUGUAGAACUGAUUGCCAGGAUUAUCGUUUCUGGCUUCGUGCUCAAUGCUGCCGAGUACAGCACCAUUGACCGCAAACGCGGCGUCAAGGCGGCUGUUGUGGACAGGUAUCGGACCGUCUUUCAACCUCAAAGGCAAAAGUCGGUCAGGAAGCCACCACAAGACUAUGGCCCGUCAACGUUCUCACGCUCGGUCACGUUCUUGCAUGGUCAUUCACUCCCUCAGACUAUAGAGGAGCAGCAGAGGUAUCAGCUGGCCCGACGAGCUUUCUUGCGCCAUGGUUUCAACCGACUCGACUUUGUUGCUGUCGUAUCAUUUUGGAUAUCUUUUGUGAUCGGGAUAACGGGCGCCGAGAAACGACACCAUCUCUACGUGUUCAGAAUGCUUAGCUGUCUCCGCAUCGUGAGACUGUUGGCACUGACCAAGGGUAAUGCGGUCAUUCUGCGAAGUCUGAAAAGAGCAGCACCAUUACUGCUGCGAGUCUCGUUCCUGAUCGGCUUCUUCUGGUUGGUCUUUGCCAUUAUUGGCGUGCAAAGUUUCCAAGGCAGUCUUAGCCGACAGUGUACCUGGAUUGACCCAGAGGACCCGCUGAACAUCAGUGCGGCGUUUGUCAACGACUUCCAAUUCUGUGGUGGCUACAAGAACUUGACUACUGGCGAAGACUUGCCAUGGGUCAUUGCUGAUCCGCCUGACAACCUGAGCAACCUCAGUCCCGGCACAGGUAGCGCUAAGGGCUACAUUUGUCCCAGGGGGUCGCUCUGUCUCCAGCAGGGAAAUCCGUACAACGACAGCAUGCACUUCGACGACAUUCUGCACUCACUCGAGAUGGUUUUCGUCGUCAUGAGUGCGAACACGUUCUCCGACCUGAUGUACUACACGAUCGAUUCAGAUUAUACGCCAGCGGCCCUCUUCUUUGGCGCUGGAAUCAUGAUAAUGCUGCUAUGGCUGGUCAACUUGCUCAUUGCUGUCAUCACAUCAUCAUUCCAGGUCAUCCGCGAAGAAAGCAGGGCCAGUGCCUUUACCGAUACUGAGGACAAAUUCGUGGACGGCCCUGCGGAGGAGCCGCCCAAGCGGAUAUCUUCCCUACAGCGGAUUUACAACAAGUCCAGGUUAUUCUGGGUCCUGUGUAUCGCUUUUGACUUGCUUGCGCAGGCGUGGAAGAGCGCCUCAAUGUCGGAUGACCGCAGGGCUUUCAUCGACAAUGUCGAGAUUAUAGUGACGCUUCUACUCGACAUCGAAAUCAUCAUACGACUCGUUGCAGACUUCAGAGGGUUUCGUCGCAGCACUCGGAACCUCGUGGAUCUAGGGCUUGCCGUCAUCACAUCCGUCAUCCUGCUUCCUCCUAUCCACGAUGCGGGGGUAGUUUACGCCUGGUUGACGGUGUUCCAGAUAAUGAGGGCCUACCGAGUUGUUCUUGCGGUGCCGAUGACCAGAGACCUGAUUGUGCUAGUGUUGGGCGAUGCCACGGGUAUCAGCAACCUGAUGCUGUUCGUCUACCUGAUUACGCUUCUCAUGGCAGUUUUCGCCUCACAGCUGUUCCGCGGAGAGAUCCCCUUGGAGGACUCCGGCGGUGACAACAUCAACAUGAACUUUUCGACAAUCUGGAAUUCGUUCCAGGCCAUGUUCCAAAUCCUUUCCAGCGAGAACUGGACGACUGUUCUGUACACGGUGACCGGCUACACGAAUGGCCGGCACACUGCGUGGAUUGGGGCCAUGUUCCUCAUCGGAUGGUUUAUCUUAGCCUUCUUCAUUCUCAUCAACAUGUUCAUUGCUGUCAUUCAAGAAAACUUCGACGUUGGCGAGGAUGUCAAGCGGCUUGAGCAAGUCCGAGCAUUCUUGCAGCGGAAAGAACUGGGAGGCAGUUCAAGUAAUCUCGCCCUUUCGACCAUCUUCUCCCUCGGCAAAACCAGGAAGAAGAAGGACCCUCUGGAUUACGGCCCGGCCACCAUGGAAAUGUUGCUUAAGGAGGCUGUUGUCAAGGACUUCCUCGACGACGCAGUCGAGACUGCGCAGGAGACACCCGGCAGCGGGAGCCAAUCACCCCCAGAAGCCGCCAAUGGAAAAGCCGGUAAUGUGAAGCCUGGUUUCAUGUCUAUGAUGUGGGGCAAAGUGGUUACGGCGUUCAGCAGCAAAGAUCCAAACCCGUUCUACUCCAACCUCGCCUUCGAAAAUCGCAACGAGACCCAGGACCCGCGCCAGAUGGCUCGUCAAGCUGUCUCCGCCACCGCUGAGCGUCGCAAGGCGCAGCGCGCGUAUCUGGCUCGACACCCGACUUACAACAACUCCUUGUUCAUAUUCACGCCACGGAACCCUAUUCGGCGCCUUUGUCAGCGAAUCGUUGGCCCCGGACGGGGGACUGAGCGUUUCGAUGGUGUAGAGCCUCACAAGAUCGCGUGGUACUCGUUUUCGGCCUUCAUCUAUGCCGCGAUUGUCGCCAUGGUGAUUCUGGCCUGUGUGACCACGCCCCUGUACCAGAAGGAAUAUUUCAAAACCCAUGAGUUCAGCGUUGAGAACUGGUUUGUCUGGACUGACAUGGCCUUCGCCACCCUGUUCAGCGCAGAAGCUCUCAUCAAGGUCAUCGCAGAUGGGUUCUUCUGGACCCCGAACGCCUAUUUCCGCAGCUCCUGGGGAAUCAUCGACGCUGUUGUCUUGAUUACUCUCUGGAUCAACGUCAUCACGCUCUUCACAAAUGACGGGGCCGUGUCUCGAGCUGUCGGUGCCUUCAAGGCCCUGAGAGCUCUGCGGCUGCUCAACGUCAGUGACAGCGCCCGGGACACAUUCCACUCGUUGAUUGUGAUCGGAUGGUGGAAGAUUGCCAGCGCGGCCUUCGUGUCGCUUUCGCUGAUUAUCCCAUUCGCAAUCUACGGGACCAACUUGUUCAUGGGCAAAUUCGUGACGUGCAACGACGACAGCGCAGGCGAGUUGCUCCUCGACUGCUUCGGUGAAUACAACAGCAGUCCAUUUAAUUGGGAUGUGCUGGCCCCCCGCGUGGCCGACAACCCCUUCUUCAGCUUCGACGACUUUGGCUCCUCUCUAUUCAUUCUCUUCCAGAUUGUGAGUCAAGAGGGAUGGAUUGAUGUCUCGUUCGGGGCACAGUCCAUUACAGGGGUCGGCAAGCAGCCACAGUUUGGCGUUGCGCAGGGCAAUGCCGUGUUCUUCAUUAUCUACAACCUCUUGGGCACAGUUUUCGUGCUCACGCUGUUCAUCUCGGUCUUCAUGCGAAACUACACGGAGCAGACUGGCGUGGCAUAUCUGACCACUGAGCAACGGUCGUGGCUCGAGUUGCGCAAACGUCUCCGCCAGAUAUCCCCUUCUAAGACGUCUUAUGAUGACUCUAAACAGAAUUGGAAGAAAUGGUGUCACAAGCGCGCGAUCGAGAAGAAAGGCAAAUGGUACACCAGCAUCACUAUCGUGCUGGGUCUGCACCUGCUACUGCUGCUCGUCGAGUUCUAUCAGGAGCCCCUCUGGUGGACCAACACGAGAGACGCGAUAUUCUUCUUGUUCACCCUGGUCUACAUGGCGAACACUGGGAUUCGUGUCAUUGGUCUGGGCUGGCCCCGUUUCAGGAAGAGUUCUUGGGACAUGUACUCCUUGGUCGUUGUGUUCGGCGCUUUUGCGACCACGAUCCUCUUCCUCAUCAGGCCCCAGGAAGACACUUUCGUGCAGCUGCACAAGUUCUUCCUCGUCGCCAUUGUGUUCCUGCUCAUCCCCCGCAAUGACGCUCUGGACCAGCUCUUCAAAACGGCAGCAGCUAGUCUGACGACCAUUGGUAAUCUGUUGGCAACCUGGCUUGUCUUCUUCCUGGUCUUUGCCAUCGCCCUGACGCAGACGUUCAGCUUGACGCGGUUCGGCGGCGAGGAGACCACUCAGGUCAACUUCCGCACGGUACCGAACGCGCUCAUCCUGCUAUUCCGUAUGUCUGUCGGCGAGGGCUGGAAUGAGAUCAUGGAAGAUUUCGCCUGUAUCGAGCCGCCCCUGUGCGUUGAGAGCGAGAACUUCUACUUAAGCGACUGUGGCAGCGCUGCAUGGGCCAGGGUGCUGUUCAUAUUGUGGAACAUCCUCAGCAUGUACAUCUUCGUCAACUUGUUCGUGUCGCUCAUUUACGAGAGUUUCUCGUAUGUGUACCAGCGCUCAAGCGGGCUGUCUGCCGUCGACCGGGACGAGAUUCGCCGCUUCAAGGAAGCCUGGAGAUCGGUUGACCCCCACGGCACGGGACACAUCAGCAAGGAAGCCUUCCCUCGCCUUCUGGGAGAGCUGUCGGGCGUGUUCGAGAUGCGGAUCUACUCACAUGAGGACUCCGUGGGACAGAUCCUUGAUGAUGUUGGAAACGAUGUGCCAUCGUCCCGCCACCAAUCCAUCUCAUCUGCAAGCGCCUAUGGUGGUGCCAAUCUUCAGAAGUUGAACAACAGGCUGAACCAGAUUGACAUCGAAGCGGUGCGGGAGAGGCGCAGGAGGUACAACAUCUUCUACGAAGAGGUCAUGGUCUCGGCGGAUCCAGACAAGGGCAUCUCGUUUACUACAGUGCUCAUGAUUUUGGCUCACUACAACAUUAUCAACGACAGCAAGAGUCUUCGUCUUGAGGAAUUCUUGCGCCGUCGGGCACGUCUCCAACGUGUCGAGGAGGAAGUCCGCCGUCGUGUGGUCGUCGGCUUUUUCGACACGAUGUACUAUGCACGACAGUUUAAGCGGCACAUGGAUCGCAAGAGGUCUGCACGUAUGACGGCAAUACCUCAGCUGGAUCUGCCGGACAUCCUUGUAGACGACGAAGAAGAGCGAGAAAAGAGGAAGACGUCCUCAUCACUGCUACAGAACCCUUACGGGCCACAAAGCCCAUCGACACCUGGCUCAGCGGGCCUGCGCUCGCCGGGCACGGGCGCCGCAUUCCUGAGCCCUAACGAGGCCCGGAACAGCGGUGGCGCCGGCGGCGCAACCAGCCACCAGAAGACGUGGUCCGGAACGAGCGCGGACCUGACACUGCAGACCAACUUUGACAGCACGGGCGGCGUGCACCCGCUGAGCAUGCCGCGGGCGGGAGAGGCCAGCUCUGCCAGGAGCGACGCGCACCAGUCGACGCACUCGGCCUUCAGCUUCGAGCUGCAGCCCGGCUCGGCCAACAGCUCGGCGGCCAACAGCAGGCGCAACAGCAGGAGCAACAGCGCCGUGAGCCCGAUCCAGAUGAGCCAGAUCCUCGAUGACUCCAUCUGGAUGGCGAGUAUCAGGCGGAGCGCCACCAUGAAGAGGAAACCGGGGUGGUAA